AUGCGUCAAGAAAUGAAGAAAAACCUGCACACAGCACACAUUGCAUAUGAUGGAAUGAUGAGGAGGGCCCGACAGACGAUAUUCUGGCCAGGCAUGGCUGAUGAAAUAAAACAGAUGGCAGAGACAUGCACUGCUUGUCAAGAAAGGAAACCUAUGAACCAGAGAGAAACACUUAUACAACAUGAUGAAGGAAAUGCACCAUGGGAAAAAGUUGGAGCUGACCUGAUGGAAGUGGAUGGAAGACAGUAUAUAAUUACUGUUGACUAUUACUCUAAUUUUAUUGAGUAUGAUUAUCUUUCAACAACAACAUCACAAGAUGUGAUUAGAAAAUUGAAAGGACAAUUUGCUCGUUUUGGUGCUCCAAAAAUGUUAAUAACAGAUGGCGGUCCACAAUUUAGUUCAAAUGAGUUUUUAAGAUUCACAAGACGAUGGAACAUCAAUCACAUCAGAUCAGAUCCUGGUUAUCCGAGAACAAAUGGCAAGGCGGAAACUGCUGUAAAGAUAAUGAAGAAUUUAAUACUGAAAACUAAACAUAAUGGUGAUGAUCCACAUGAAGCUUUACUGGAACUCAGAAAUACACCUCGGCAAUGUACUGGAUUUAGCCCAGCUGAAAUGUGCCUCAAAAGAAGUCCUCGGACAUUGAUUCCCAGCACUUCAAAGUGUUUAAGCGAACAUGUUGUAGCUGAGAGGAAAGAGAAUUACAAACGACAAGUAAAAAGACAAUAUGAUAAGCAAGCUCGGGAUUUACCAAAACUCCAUCUAGGGCAAACUAUUUAUUACCAAAACCCAGGUCAAACUGGGUGGUAUCCUGGAAUAAUCAGGGAACAACCAUCUCCAAGAUCUUAUAAGAUCAAGGGAGAUAAUGGAGGAUUCUACAUACGCAACAGAUAUCAUAUUAGGCCAAGGAAAACGAUUUUGAAAGACACUGAUGUCUAUGAUGGGAAUGUCUUGGAUGAUGAUGAUGAUAAGGAGAGACCAGAUUUUUCUGGUAACUGUUCUCAACAUGCAGCACAGUCUGGAGUAGUUUCUCAUGUACCAGACAAUAAUUGUGAUAGAAAUAUGCCAGCAAGAACUAGCACUCGAGAAACAAAUAGACCUGUGUGGCAUAGGGAUUAUGAUAUGGACUAA